AAAAUCGAUCAACGAUUGAGAAAAUGAAAAAUUCUAAAAUGGAGAUUUCGAUUUCUCUGUUGUCACCAUUUAUUAUUUGGAACCUGGGAUUAGUAUGGGUUGAAACAUUUAUCGAGCCCAUAUCAUCGGUAGUGAGACAAAAUUAUAAUUUAACAUAUGAUGAAUUACAUCAAAAAUGCGUUAAAAAAGGAUUUUAUAAAUCGAAUGAAAUUUACAAUAUCAUUUUAAAAACUAAUGAAGUUCUUAAUGAAGUUUCAAAGUAUAUAGUUAAAGAGGCAAGAAAAAAUUCAACAGACACUGAAGUGAAUUGGUCUGAACUGAUUGAUGAAAUAUGUCUUCAAGAUCCCACUAUAAGAGACAACUCAAAAUCCGUUAUUGAUAAAGUUCAGGAAUGUCUGGACGAGAAAGAUCAACUAAGUGAAGAAAAGAAGGAAGAAGUUGAAGAAAAUCUGCCGAAAAUAAUUUGUGAAAAUGUGAAAGUAUUAGCACAAUCUCAGUAUACUGCAGAAGAGCCUGGAAAAUCCCCGGAGAAUAAAAGAAAGUAAUAAAGCUUAAAGUUGUACGAAAUAUCUAUUACAUAAACAAAUCCAUUAUUCUAUGCGUUUGAAAAUCAUGUAUUCAAAAGGUAUUCAAUAAAUUUGCAGUAAAGUUAAAAAGAAAAAUGACAAAAAAUUCUUGAUAGAAAAAGUAAUUUAUUGUUUUAAGGGCUUUAAUAUGAAUUAUUUUUGCUUGAAUACAAAAUAUGU